CCAGAUUUCGAGCGAGUGAUAGAGAUUCGGGAAGCAGUGAUUCUGGUCGAGGGGGGUAUCAGCCUCAGCCGCCGCAGCACCAGGAGCUUGUGAGCCAGUACAGGACUGCCCUUGCGGAGCUGACUUUUAACUCGAAACCCAUCAUCACUAAUUUGACCAUAAUCGCGGGUGAAAAUCUCCAGGCUGCAAAAGCGGUCGCUGCUACUGUUUGCGCCAACAUUAUCGAGGUUCCCAGUGAGCAGAAGCUACCGUCACUUUAUCUAUUGGACAGUAUCGUAAAGAAUAUUGGAAGAGACUAUAUAAAAUACUUUGCAGCAAGACUGCCCGAGGUAUUCAUCAAAGCUUAUAGGCAGGUUGACCCUUCUGUACAUCCAAGUAUGAGACAUCUUUUUGGAACCUGGAAAGGAGUGUUUCCUCCUCAAGCUCUGCAGAUUAUUGAGAAAGAACUUGGCUUCAUGCCCAGCAGUAGUUCUUCUUCUGGGACCAUAGCCUCAAAACCUGAUUUGCAGACACAACGUCCACCCCAUAGCAUCCAUGUAAAUCCCAAGUACAUAGAGAGGCAACGGCUUCAGCAGUCAGGCAGGGUGAAGGGAGUGGCUGAUGAUGCCACUGGGGUAACAACAAAUGUAACUCAGGAUGUUGCCCAAGCCAAAAUUAGUACUGGACGCCCGUGGGCAGAUGCUCCAAUAAAAGUGCUUGACAUUCAGCGUCCACUUAGAGAUGCACCAAAUGAUAUGGCACAAGAGAAGAAUAUCACGGCUGCAUACGCAGAUUACGAAUAUGGUUCUGAUCUUUCAAGGACCCCAGGUAUCGGAAGAAGGGUCAUUGACGAAGGGCGAGACAAACCUUGGUCUGCAGCUGGAUCCAAUGUGGCUGAGAAGUUAUCUGGCCAAAGAAAUGGGUUCAACGUCAAGCAUGGAUAUGAAAAUUACCCUGCACCCAAAUCUGCAAACACUGGUGCACGGCUACUGCCCAUGCAAAAUUUUUCAAGCAGUAGCAGCAGCAGAGGAUUGUCUACUAACUGGAAGAACUCUGAGGAAGAGGAAUUUAUGUGGGGUGAAAUGAACUCUAUGUUGACAGGUCAUGGUGGACCUACCAUCGCUAGUAGCAUGGGGAAAGAUCAAUGGGGUCCCGAGGAUUCAGAUAAUUCGGGUAUUGAAAAUAAGCCAUUAAGCGUACGGGAUGCUGGAGCAAGUGUUGAUAGAGAAGCUUCCAGUGAUUCACAAUCAUCUGAGCAGAGAGAACUAGGGGAUUCUGGACAGCAAAGGUCAUCAAYGUGGCAAGUGCAGGAGUCAAUAUCUAUGGACGGGCUGAGAGGCGGGGUUCCUAGAAAGAAUUUAGCCCACUCAGGAGGUUAUGGUGCCACUCUUACCACACUAUCAGGUGCUAGCUCUUCUGUGGAUCAAAUGGGAGGUCGAACACAGAUCACAUCAUCUAAUAUUGGAGCCUCAGGGCAUGGGUUUCUGAAUAAAGGAGGUUCAGGUUCCACUGGGACUAUAGGCCAUCAAAGAUUUCCAUCAAGAGGUGUUGCAUUCCCACCUGGACAGCCACCCUUGCACCAACGUCCCCCUUCACCAUCUUUAGUGGAUCACCGUGUUCCUCAUCAAAUGCACGACCAUAAAACUUCAUUUUCCAAUCUUGACCCACGUAAAAAGCAUAUUCAGGAUGCUGCCCUUAACCUGCAUCCCAAUGUUCGGCCGGAUAGCCUUCAAAAACCACAGCCUCAGGAUCUACCUGCUCCAGCUUCAUCUAUGCCUGCUUCUCAACCCAGGCACCAAUUCUCUUUAUCUGAGUCACUUAAACCUGAUGUCACACAGCCGGAACUUUCUAGUCAGCGUACAGUAUCAACUCUGGUCACUGAUUUUGGACCAUCCUUAUCAGCUGGGAAUUCUAUUCCAGAUCGUUUACCUGCAGAAAUUUUGGGGGAGCCAAGCACCAGUAGUUUGUUGGCUGCUGUAAUGAAAAGUGGAAUUUUCUCCAAUCAUUCAUUAACAAGUGGCAUGCAGCAGAAUAUCAGCUUCCAAGAUGUGGGGAAUUUGCAACCCCACUCAAGCAUUAAACCUCCUCUACCAAGCCGGUCUUCUCCUGCCCAUACUCAGUCUACACUCUCAGAGCUGAAGGUUGUGGGAGAAUCUUCAUUAGGUCCUCCAUCUCGUGAAAGCCCAUCAGCUUUGGUUAAGCUAUCUCGGACUAAGGUAGAAGAGACACCUAGUCCAUCUGAUCCGGUACCACCAUCAUCUCCUAUGCAUAGUUCAUCCACUGAAACUUCAAAUGUGGCAAACGAUGCUUCUAGUCCAAUUUCUAACCUUUUGAGCUCAUUGGUUGCAAAGGGCCUCAUAUCUGCUUCAAAAGGAGAAUUAACAAAUAACGUGACAUCCCAGAUGUCUUCACAACCUAAAAAUUUGAAGUCAGAAGGUGAUGCUGUGACUAGUUCUAUACCAGUUCCUUCCAUCCCUAUUUCUUCUUCCAGUAUAUCAUCUAAGAGACUUGAACCACCUUCAGAACCUGCUACUAAGAGCUCCACUACUCUGCCUCCAUCAGCUACAACUGAGAUAAGCAACCUCAUAGGCUUCGAUUUUAGUUCACAUGUUAUCCGCAAAUUUCAUCCAUCUGUGGUCAGUGGACUCUUUGAUGAUAUUCCAUACCAGUGUAAGGUCUGUGGUCUUAGACUGAAACUUGAAGAACAGUUGAACACGCACUUGCAGUGGCACACGUUAAGAACUGAGGCAAACACUUCAAAUAGGGCACCAAGAAGGUGGUAUCCAAGUUCGGAUGAUUGGGUUUSUAGAACUGCUAGACUUAGACUUGAUGCUGAUACCUCUGUGGACAUGUCCGACGAGAUGGAAGAAGAUAAUGAGCCAAUGGUUCCUGCAGAUGAGGAUCAAUUUGCUUGUGUUUUAUGCGGUGAACUUUUUGAAGACUUUUUUAGUCAAAAGCUAGGUAACUGGAUGUUCAAAGGAGCAACGUACAUCACCAGCCCAUCAGCGGGUAGUGAAUUAGGAAGCACAAAUGAGCAAGGUGCUAGAGGACCCAUUGUGCACACACAUUGUUUAACUGAAAGUUCAGUAUAUGACCUGGGUCUGGCAACUGAUAUUAAGAUGGAAAUGGAUGUAUGAUGCUUCCUACGCAAUAGUUCCUCUAGGAACUACACUGGUGGACAACCUGCUCGUGCAAUUGGCGGCAUGCGAAAAGGGAGUUUGAACACGAGUGCUUCGGUCGUGGUAGUUCUGUUGAGUGCCAAAAGAGAUAAUAGGGGAGUGGUAGCUCUAUACUGGUAUUUUCUAGCUUCCAAAUUCCUUUUUGUUUUCUUUCUGCUUUUUUCUAUAAAGAUAAAUAGUUGAGAAGAAUACAUCAAUGCAAUGAUCAAUCAUUAUUCAGAUCUUUACCAUCUUGUUUCUCAGCGGAUUUUCACUUAACAUCAAUAUCUGUUGCUAUAUAUAUGAGGCAGUGCACUUCAGGUCCCGGCCGCUCGCUUGGAAUCUCCAUCGAGACAUGCCUUUGUAUUAUCGAAAUCGUAGUAGCGAAGUGGUUUUUGUUUACCAUCUCUUCUUUUUCUCCCCUUGUAAUUUUGCCUUCUCUUAUCCCUGCAUAUCAUGUUAAGACAGUAAUGGAGGGUCAUUUAAGAUUCUCUCAGCCUUUGAGAAGAGUUGUUUCACUUGUGUUGCGGGUCUGGUCUGGAUAUGAUUAUGAUGAUGUUGGAUUUUGCUUCUUUUUGCUUCUAUCAUUUGCCCCCACCUUGUUUGACUGAUUGGACAAGCUUGGCAAUGGCAUGGCAUGGCCGAUAAUUGUGGUUCUUAUGGUAGAUUUUGCUACAAUCAUUGUCUUCACAUGA